CUCGGCGGGCGCGCGGGCAGGGAGGGACGAUGGUCUGAAAGGCCGCUCUCCCGUCCCCAAACUGCAGAAGAGAAAGGGCGACGCGCCCGGCGGUAGCCAAUGAAUCAGGCUGGAGCCCCUCCGCGCCGGGCGUGUGGAUGCAGACCUUGACACCAAGAGGACAUCUAACUGCCGGGGACGGCCUGGAAGGGCGGACACUUUGGCGGCGCCUUUCCCUUUAUUUCUCGAGGUAAGGGGUCUCGGGCAUCUCUAUUCACUGCUGUCUGCUACUCAAGGUCCUCAGAACAGAAGACAUUCGGAUUGAUUUCUUGACUACAGACACCCAAAUAUGAUGCAUUUCAAAAGUGGCCUCGAGUUAACGGAGCUGCAGAACAUGACGGUGCCCGAGGAUGACAAUGUCAGCAACGACUCUAAUGACUUCACGGAAGUGGAGAACGGCCAGAUAAAUAGCAAGUUCAUCUCUGAUCGGGAGAGUAGGAGGAGUCUCACGAACAGCCAUCUGGAGAAAAGGAAAUGCGACGAGUAUAUUCCAGGAACAACCUCUCUGGGAAUGUCUGUCUUUAACCUGAGCAACGCCAUCAUGGGCAGUGGGAUCUUGGGCCUCGCCUUCGCCUUGGCCAACACGGGGAUCCUCCUGUUUCUGAUACUUCUGACUUCGGUGACGUUACUGUCUAUAUACUCAAUAAACCUACUACUGAUCUGCUCCAAGGAAACCGGCUGCAUGGUCUACGAAAAGCUGGGAGAGCAAGUCUUCGGCACCACGGGGAAGCUGGUGAUCUUCGGAGCCACCUCUCUGCAGAACACUGGCGCGAUGCUGAGCUACCUCUUCAUAGUGAAAAAUGAACUUCCUUCAGCCAUAAAAUCCCUCAUGGGAGAGGAGGAGACAUUUUCAGCCUGGUACGUCGAUGGCCGAGUGUUGGUGGUGAUGGUAACCUUUGGCAUAAUUCUCCCGCUGUGUCUCUUGAAGAACCUGGGGUAUCUUGGCUACACUAGUGGAUUUUCCUUGAGCUGCAUGGUUUUUUUCCUGAUAGUGGUCAUCUACAAGAAAUUUCAGAUUCCUUGCAUGAAUGGGGAACAGAACUCAACAGUAAGUGCUAACGUGACUGACGCGUGCACACCAAAGUAUGUCACCUUCAACUCAAAGACGGUGUACGCUUUACCAACCAUCGCGUUUGCGUUUGUCUGCCACCCGUCUGUCCUGCCAAUCUACAGCGAGCUCAAAGAUCGGUCACAGAAAAAAAUGCAGAUGGUUUCCAACAUCUCCUUCUUUGCUAUGUUUGUCAUGUACUUCCUGACCGCCAUCUUUGGGUACCUGACCUUUUAUGAAAAGGUGCAGUCAGACCUCCUUCACAAGUACCAGAGCACAGGCGACAUUCUCAUCCUGACUGUGCGACUGGCCGUCAUUGUGGCCGUCAUCCUCACGGUGCCCGUACUGUUCUUCACAGUCCGGUCCUCGUUGUUUGAGCUGGCCAAGAAGACGAAGUUCCACCUGUGUCGCCAUGUCCUGGUGACCAUCAUACUCCUUGUGAUUAUCAACCUGUUGGUGAUCUUCAUCCCAUCCAUGAAGGAUAUAUUUGGAGUCGUAGGGGUGACGUCUGCUAACAUGCUCAUUUUCAUCCUUCCUUCGUCCCUUUAUUUAAAAAUCACGAACCAGGAUGGAGACAAGAAUACUCAAAGGAUUUGGGCGGCCCUUUUCUUGGCCCUGGGGGUGUUGUUCUCCUUGAUCAGCAUCCCCCUAGUCAUCUACGACUGGGCUUGCUCCUCCAGCAAUGGUGAAGGCCACUGAAACCAGCAGCGACCAACCCAGCACCUGCUCACACCCAUCCAGUCCCCAUCAGCAGUCCUCCUACUCUUCUUUUGCAAGUUUACAGAGACAGAAACGCACAGAGCUCCUCUUGGGUUGCGACACAGAGACUCACUCCUAGAAGACUCAUGCCCUCUCGGGACCGCCGCUUAGGAACCUUGGAUUCCCACCUCUCUGGAUUUCGUGCAGCCGUCUUGUCCAGCCCUUCCCACAGUUCUCCUUCCCUCUCCUCACUGAUGUGGCUUCUCUCUCUCAGAACUUCGGAAACAUGAUCAACAGUCGUCUUCACCUGUUAGAUACCCAGCUCCUGAAGUCGUUUUCCUACUGACGCUCCGCCCACGCUAUCUGGAUCUUUUUAGAAGAGAAAAUAAUCUUGAAUUGUAUAUAUUUAUUUUGCUUUACGGAAAAAAAAAUUACGGUUUCAGAGAAAAAAAAGGUUUCAUAAAUAAUUUGCCUAUUUUGGUUAACAUAGCACACGGGGUUAAAUCCUUUGAGAGACAGGUUGCAUGCCCUGGCUGCAUCUGAGCGUGCCCAAUAUUUGAGGCAGCUCUGAUCACCUGACGGGGACUGUCCUGGGCCUGCUGGUGCUCUGUCCUACUCCCACGGGGAGCGAUUCCCUGGGAGCGUCUGUAGCUGUGAAGGCUUGGGCAUGGCGCCUCUGUAUAUAUUAAAAUACACAUUCGGGAGAUCUCAGGAAUGAAACUUUGUUUCCCCUUUGGCGUCUGGAGCAUCUGCUACUCUAGGCUGAGUCACCUGCUUGGGCCCCCUUGGCUCCGUGUCCGAGGAUGUAUUCCUUAACCAGACUACCUUCAGCCCACACCCACGUUGUUGAAGGGGGAAACGGUUUGUUGGUUUGUGAGCCCGGCAGCCUUUAGUCAAGUUCACCAACUUUUCCGCCACAGAGGAGAAUGUGUACCUGAGGGUGGCCUAGGAUAGGUCAGCCUGUUUUAUACUGGGUACUUUACUUUAAUGGAGUCUUUGAAAGACUUGUUUUAUAUCUAUAAAUCUAGGUUACUACAAAUAGAAGAUUUUUGUACCUUAAAUAAGUCUCAUUUCUAUUCCCCAUCAACUCACCAUUCAGUCCUGAAAGCAAACCUCCCAGAGAGAGGCUCAGUGGAGAGCCACUGAAGUCACUGUGUGUCCCCUCCUGCCACAGCUUUGAAUGACAGGAGGCCCCUCCCCGUCUGUUUUUUUAUCCCCUUGUAUCCCAUUACGCCUGUUCUGUGUGACCCAGGCAAGAGGGCAGAGUUGCCUAUACUCUGUCCCUAUCCCUGCCUAAGGGGAGCAGAGGGAAACUUCAAGGAGACUGGAAACUAAGAGUUUCAGACACGGGCAGCUAGGGAACCUAGAGCAGCAGCCUGCCCUCUGAUGGGGAUCCCUGUGGCUACCAUAGCUUAGCCACAGCAGGUGAGGUGCACACGAGGUGCACACACGAUGAUCGUUCUCUGCAAAUGGUCUGCAUUGCAGCCAGCUGUGUUCUGGUUGAAAUCCUCAGAUACAAAAACACACUGAGCACGGAUUUCAUACCGGGAGAUGAGUAGACGCUAACCGAGUGGCCCGGACACUUAGCUAUAGACGCCGUUCCUCCUGCCUGAAGUCCUGCAGACAGGGUAGACAUGAGAGUGCCUGCCGCUGUGUAUCAUUCUUCUCAUAGUGCUUCACUGUUCCGUCCGCCUCCUGUUCAGGCCGCCGACCACAGGGCCCAGGCAGGAGAAAGGGUAAACCCCACAGCCGUCUCCGCCCUUUGCCCAAACGUUUCCCAUGUCACGGGAAAUGACGGAAGGUCCCGCCAACCUCUGUAGCUCUGUUUGCACUGUUUAAAAAGAUAAACAUUAAUUCAGUUUGCAAGCUGCAUUCCCCUCUUGCUGUCCCCCCCACCCCCUUUUCUGUAACAUUUCAAUUUUACAUUCGCAAAGUGAAUUCAAAAACUCACUAACUCUGGGACGUGUUGUGAUUUUCGGACCUCUGGAUUUUUGUGUUGGUAAAACAAAUGUAUUCACAGUGUACUUACUGGCAGGAAGCACAUUGUUGUCGAUGUCUGUGAUGCGUGGGUUCUUUGUGUGUGUGUGUGUGUGUGUGUGUGUGUGUGUGUGUGUGUGUGUGUGUGUGUGUGUUAAAGCUCUUUUGUAUGUGUACCUGAGUUUGAAUAUAAUGGGUCUUAAUGUCAUUUUGUCAGAUACCACCAAGUAAUUCCAUAGUUUCCGUGGUCGUCCUGUAAAGCGGGCUGUUCUUACACUUGUUCAGAAUAAUGAACCGACAGCCAGAACAUACCUGCAUCGCAGACGUCAGGUAGCAUUCAGCAGAACAGUCAGACGUAACAGAUAUUUUUCUGCUAAAUUAGUAGACUCAAGCCUAGUAGGCCUCCACCGAGGGAAACCGAUUUUUCCUUCGGCACAUUGCUGGCCAGAGCCAGUUUCAUACUUUGGGUUUAGAACUGUUCUCUGGUUCUUGUAACACAGAAUACUGUAGAUUCCUAGAUUAGUGUUGCUUUUUAGAAGUAGGGUUCCUAGAGCCUGUGCAGAAGGAAAACCAACUCUUUCAGGCAUGGUCUAGGCCUGAUCACAGGGAGAACAGAUUUUAAAGCUUUGUCACCUGGAGUGGAUUUUUCUCCGUUGAGUUCGAUGUGGCAGUUAGACCUGCCCAGAGCAGCUGGAAGAGGAUGUUGAGCUGAAAUGGAGUAACAGGACCGUGGAAGAGCUAAGUCCCCAGAUUGGCAGGAGAUGGGGUGUGUCGGAGUCUCUAGGAAUACCCCAUUGCCUGUUGCAGAAUCUGGACCGUUGUCUCUGCCACAGAUCACCUGCUGGGCAGUGGGGUCAGGGCUCCACACCAGUGCCCUGAAGCACGGUCUCCUCUAAGAUAAGAGGGGCUAAGUUCAAAACCCUGAGUGUAGGAUGGUGGUCAAAGAAGAGGGGUCCCUAGGGUUCCCCUCCUUGCCUGCAGUUAACUUCAUAGCUUCUCCAGGGUACCAGCUUUGGUGCCAGCACACAGCACUCUCAACAGCUCCUGUGCGGGUAGCCAUGGGUUCACUGCUUGGUGAUCAGAUGAACAGUAUGAAGGCUCCCCAUCCUUCUUGUACAUUUAUGGACCCUGCAGAGAGACAUAAGACCGUCGGGGUGGGUUGCAGAGGACUAAGGGCUGUAGCAGGAUGCCUCACUGUAACAAUUAUGCCAAGAAUUCUGGGAUUGAAGUCGAGUCCCCAAGCUGGUGUUUCUCAAAUUGUACACACACACACACACACACACACACACACACACACACACACACACACACACACCAUCCCAGGCCAGCAGCAGGAACCUCAUCUGGAGACUUAGCAGCAAAUCGUCAGCCCCACCAGACUCAGUGGGUAGAGCAACCUGUCCUCUGCAAGUCUGAGGUCCAGCCUCCAGGUGAGGCCGGUGACAUCAAGCUUGGGAACCACUCAGCCCAGCCUCAGAAGGUGACUGGUUCUUGGUGUGAGGAAUGAGGGCCAGGAAAGGUAGAAAAGGACCCCACCAGUGUCUGCAGAGCAGGAAAGAGAGAACAUCCUGGAAGCCCCUACCUGUGUUCGGUCCUGCUGCCAAUGCAGUGCAGGGGGUGAGUGAAACUUGGGGUGCCUGCACUUUAGGGAACCUAGCCUGAGGCACUAGUCUGUUUUCUUACAGCUGUGAAGAUUCCAAUUGAGGCUUUCAGAAAACAUAGGUAAAUUUUAAAAAAAAUGCGUUUUGCAAAUGCAGCCCUAAAGGGUACUGCUGAGUUUUUUAGGGGACCAUGUCCGUGGUGGGGUGGGGUGCUCUCCUGGUGAAAUUCAGUCCCAGCACUGCAAAAUAGAAAAUACUGAUACACAGAGUGUUCCGGUGACAGGUCUGCACUGCUGAGGGAGCUGCAAGGGCAGCAGAGCCUGGUCUGAUGCAGGAGCACUGUGUGAGGUGGCAUCUUUAACUGGACUAGGGCAGAGGUGGGAGGUGUGAGCAUCUGUGUGGUUUCUACUUUACAGCAAAGCCUCCAUCCGGUUAGAACUAGAACGGGGCAAGGCUUUGAGAAUGGUGCUGCCUGUUCACGGGAGCAUCCAGGCACUCAGAGAGAGAUGCCACACUCCUAGUUAGCAAUGUUACAAUGUUUCUCCCAGGACGGCAGGUCUGAGAAUCCUUCUGCAACAGAACAUAGUCCUCUAGAACACAGUGAAUUCCUGAAAAUAAAAGACUUGGGGCUUGUAGAGCGCUUACCUAGGAAGCGCAAGGCCCUGGGUUCAGUCCCCAGCUCCGAAAAAAAGAACCCCCCCCAAAAAAAAAGACUUGGGGCUUUAGAGCGGGGUUGUGGGUAAUGACUGAAAGUAAGGCUAAGUCUGAGUGGGUGGAGAACAAUGCUAAUUUCCAGUGGAUGCGGGUGUCUCUUCUGAGGGCUUCUGGGAGAAAGAACCGCAAAGCACUGGGCCUAUCUGUCCAAAGGCUUGAAGAAUCUAUGCAGCUGAGACUCACGUUAGGAACCCUUCAUCUGUUGUAAAUAUGUUGUACAUACAUAGGAGGCUGUAUAUUUUUGCAGGUGUUGAUCCACACAGAAAUAGAGGUCACUAGUAUUCCGCAUUUUAAAAAAACCCAUGUUCUCAUAGAUGUUAGUGGUUUUGUUUGGGAACUAGAAGAAUUUUACCUUCUUUCCCAUAGUUCUGUCAAUGUAAAUCUGGAGCCUAAAACCUUAACUGUUUGGAAAAGAGAAAAAUGUCUGGGAAAUAACUGCUUUGAUUUCUUAUGCUGGUAUUGCGAUCUGUUGUCUAGAUGCUACAGGAAAGAUGUUUAGGGGGAAAUCAUUGUCCUAUGGAAACAGGCAUGCCCAAAAGGAGACUUUUCACUACAUUAUGUCCUUUCACAGUGAACGUUGAUGCUACUUCAUAGAAGUUGUGAAAAGAGAACUUAGGGAGGGUUUGGUUUUUGGUUUUUUGUUUUCAAAACUGAAGUUGCUGUUUCCCAAACUUUGGGAUCCGUGAGGUGAGAGCUGAACAUUACUAGGAGCGCAGGUUUGAAGGACAGCAUCUGUGAUGUCUAAGCCUUUGAAGGUCGUGCAUGUCUGCCUUUUAGCAUUGAUGCCAACAUAGAUGGUCUUGUCGCCCCCUCCCCCAAACACUUGAAUCUUAACCAUCGGUACGCAGUGCAGUCUCUAGAGUCCAGUGUGUCUUCGAUCCCCAUCUGACUCAGUACAUGUAGCACAGCACUAUUUUACUAAUGUAAAAACCUUGUAAAUGAUUUCAGGUGGGCAUCCAAAGUGAAUCACAGGUAACUAGACUUACCUGUUCACUGUCCAUCACAUAAAGUUGGGUAUUUUUUUUCCUUCGGGGUGUGGUAUAAAUAAAAAAAAAUGUAAGAAGUUCUGUUCUAUAAAUGCAGUGUUAACAUAGUUUUCAAACAUUAAAAUGUGAAUUAAAGUA